GAUGGUCACAGAAUUUGUUGCAACACCUGCACUUCCUGAUUAGCGGGCCAAUUGCAGGCUUGAUCGCAGCUUCCCUGCAGUGACGUAGCAGCGGUGGUACUUCCUUGUUUGUUUUCUGAGCUAAACCCGAAACCAGACGCCCCAUUUCAGAAUGCAUAUGUCCAGGGUUGGAAUUUACAUAAAGAGGAGAAAGCGGGGUUGCUCUCAAGCCUGAACAUUUUUUGUCUUCCUCCAUCUGGCCGUCUUUCACUCUGCCUCUUCUGAUUGGUGCUCAUCCCCACGCCCCUCGCCAACAUGCUGUGUUGGGGGAAUGCAAAGGAUGGACAGUUGGGUAUUGCUAUGGAGAGGGACCCUGUGUUUGAGCCAAGGAACUGUCAUGUGUUCAGUGGCAGGGGACUGAAAGAAAUAGCCUGUGGAGGGCAACACUCAAUGUUCCUGCUGCAUGAUGGUAGUGUGUACACAUGUGGUUCGAACAGCUGUGGACAACUGGGCCACAACAAACCAGGGACUUCCCCAGAGCUUGUAGGAGCUCUGGAUACUCAGACGAUAACAAUGAUGUCGAGUGGUCGGGCCCAUUCAAUGGCGGUGAAUGAACAGGGUCAAGUGUUUGCGUGGGGAGCUGGUGAAGGGGGCCAGCUUGGUCUGGGGACUGCAGAGGCGGCUGUUCGAAUACCAAGGUUGGUUAAAAGGCUGUGUGACCACCGGAUCUCUCAAGUAAUGUGUGGGAAUCAGCACUGCGUUGCACUUUCUAGAGAUGGCCAGCUGUUCACGUGGGGCCAGAACACCAGCGGUCAGCUCGGGCUGGGGAAAGGAGAGCCCGGCAGGUUGCUCCCUUAUCCCCUGAAGUCUCUGGCUGGUAUUCCCUUUGCACAGAUAACCACCGGGGGAGACCACAGCUUUGCUCUCUCCUUGUCCGGAGCUGUAUUUGGUUGGGGCAAGAACAGAGCUGGACAACUGGGUCUCAAUGAUAAACAAGAUCGUGCUGUUCCGUGCCACAUAAAAUUUUUGAGAUCUCAAAAAGUCGUUCACAUCAGCUGUGGAGAGGAACAUACAGCAGCCCUCACAAAGGAUGGCGGCUUAUUUACAUUUGGUGAAGGCUCGUCGGGUCAGCUGGGUCAUGGCUCCACCAAUGACGAACUUUUACCCAGACGAGUGGUGGAGCUCAUGGGCUCUGAGGUGUCCCAGAUCACCUGUGGCAGGCACCACACGUUGGCCUUUGUGCCUUCCUCUGGUGUGGUGUAUGCGUUUGGUUGUAACAGCCAUGGCCAGCUGGGCAUAGGAAUACGGGGGGAUGCUAGGAGCCCAUUACCUGUCAAGGCCAGGACUGGAAAUGUCCAUUGUACAGUGACCAAAAUCAUCAGUGGAGGAGACCAUAGCUUCUUAUUGUACUCUAAUGACCAGAGUUACGUCCCCCCAGAAGACUUCAGAGUGAUUAAUGUCAGCAAAUCAAUCUCCCCAAUCAAUUAUGAAAGAUUAAAUUCAUGGCGGUUAAAGCUGAUGUACAGCACAGAUUCCAGUGUCACAAAAGACAUCAUAAUUCAACUCUCCUCUACGGCUUGUUGGAACGGCAGCUUUUUGGAUGAAAGUGAUGAUACCCACUUCAAAACCAACCCAAAGAUCCCAGGCAUCGAUCUCGACUCUGUCAGAAAGCUGUUUGAGACGCUAAGCAAACCGGCUUUCUCUGGACUUCUGGAGCAGGCCACUAAGAGUUUUGAGAGUAUGAUGAUCCCCCAGCUGCCGCGCUCCCCUCCUGAUGUCGAGGCCAUGAGGAUUUACCUCAUCUUGUCCGAGUACCCAGCCCUGAUGGACUCUAAGAACUACAUCCGCCUCACUAUCCCCCUGGCAAUGGCCAUCCUCCGGCUAGACGCCAACCCCGGCAAAGUAUUGGAUAACUGGUGGUACUUAUUGGACAACAGCGUGUUCACCAGAAUGGUCGACAUGUACAAGAGCAUUGUUGUGUUCAUGCUAACGGGAGGCAAGGCGCUGCUCGUACCGGUGUUCUACGAGAACUAUUUAGUCGCCACGCUGAGGCUGCUGGAGAAACUCCACCAGGUAAAUUUAAGGGCCAACCAUGUGGAGUACAACCAUUUUUAUAUCCCAGACAUCACCAGCCUGGUGGACAUCCAGGAAGACUACCUCAAAUGGUUUCUGAGUAAAGCUGACAUUAAAGCGGGAUCAAUCCCCCGUUCACAGAGUGACCAUCCCGCAGUGAACCUAUGUGCCUAUCCGUUCAUACUGAACGCUCGAGCCAAGACAACCAUGCUGCAAACAGACGCUGAACUGCAAAUGCAGAUGGCAGUAAGCGGUGCAAACUUACACAACGUCUUUAUGCUGCUCACGCUGGAACCCCACCUUGCUAGGAACCCUUACUUGGUGCUCCAUGUGCGCAGGGACCAUUUAGUAAGUGACACACUACGUGAGCUCACCAUGUACUCUGAUGUGGACCUCAAGAAACCGCUCAAGGUGAUCUUUGAUGGAGAGGAGGCCGUGGAUGCAGGUGGAGUGACUAAAGAGUUCUUCCUGCUGCUGUUAAAGGAGCUGAUGGAUCCUGUAUAUGGGAUGUUCACUUAUUACAAAGAGUCCAACCUGCUGUGGUUCUCAGACAAAUGUUUUGUUGAGCAGAACUGGUUUCACCUGAUCGGGAUCAUCUGCGGUCUGGCCAUCUACAACUCCACAGUGGUGGACCUCCACUUCCCACUCGUUCUCUACAAGAAGCUGCUCAAUGUGCCAUCAAAGCUGGAGGACUUCAAGGAGCUCUCCCCCACCGAGGCCAGGAGUCUACAACAACUUCUGGAUUAUGAAGGAGGUGAUGUGGAGGAGACGUUUCUUCUCAACUUUGCUAUCACCAGAGAGAACUACGGGAUGACAGAAGUCAAGGAGCUCAUUCCUGGAGGAGAGAGCAUCAGUGUGGACAAAAACAACAGGAAGGAGUUUGUGGGGGCCUACCUGCGCUACGUGUUCUCAGACUCGGUGAGUGAGCAGUACUCGGCCUUCUCCUCUGGCUUCCUGAAGGUGUGCGGGGGGGAUAUCCUGUCGCUGUUCCAGCCCUCUGAGCUGAUGGCCAUGGUGGUCGGCAACAACAACUACAACUGGGAGGAGAUGGAAAAGAAUGCUGUUUACAAAGGGGAAUACACAGCCACUCAUCCAACAGUCAGAUUGUUCUGGGAGGUUUUCCACGAGUUCCCUCUGGAGAAGAAAAAGCAGUUCUUAUUGUUCCUGACCGGCAGCGACCGUAUCCCCAUCCACGGCAUGGAGAGCCUGCGUAUCAUCAUCCAGUCCACCACAGCGGAGGAGCACUACCUGCCGGUGGCCCACACCUGCUACAACCUGCUGGACAUGCCCCGCUACCAGACCAAAGAGAUCCUGUGUCGUCGUCUCACGCGGGCUGUGGAGCAGUACGAGGGCUUCAGCCUGGUCUGAGGAGGUUUUGAUGCACUUUAACAGCAAUACGACCCCCAUGUCGGUUUCAAAAGAGUGUAAUGGGGGACUUUGGGACACAGGAAGGUCACUCUCUUUAUAUGUUCUCGCAAGAUUGUUAAACAUCUUGAAUCUGAAAGGUCUAUCUAUGUAAAAUGUAGAGUAUUAUUGUUUUUAUUUAUUUGGGAAAAGUUUCUCAACCUUUUUAGGACAAUUUGGGAGCUACUUUAAAUGCUGGUGUAUGGAUAUAUAUUUGAAAUAUAUCACAGUUCUGAAAUAAAAAUGAUCUUUACUUAAAUUCACCUGGGAAUCACAACCUGGGAUCCUAAAACUUUUGUGACCAAAACUCAAAGGCCAGAAGAGGUUGAGAAACUCUGUCUUUGGGUGUUUGUGUAGUUUUUUUUGUUGUUUUUUUUUGCACAGCUGUGUGUUUUAUAUUCAACUCCUUAAAUUCUAUUUUUUACCUUUAAAGACUUAUGUUAUUACCUAGAGACAAUAAAUCUGCUUUUUGUUACUUGAUUCUUUAAAUAGAGUGGUUAUUUUUUGACAAACUAUAAAAUGUGGAUAUGUAUGUAAAUAGCACUUUGAAUAUAAUCUUUACCCUUGACAUUGGGAGGAGUGUUUGUCCUGCUGAUCCAUGUGGACACCAGCAUGUCCUCUGCCUGAAAUUAAAGAAAGACAACAGGACAGUAUUCAGCAGGCAGAAAGAUGCAGGAUGAAAUAUGGUUAAUAUGAUUUGCAAUUAGGGCUGGGUAUCAAACUUGUAUCGAGUAUCGAAAAAGUGUCUUUCAAUACCAAAUUUCUAUACCUAUAGGAGUAACUCUCAGAAUCAGUGAGCCAAUAAGCAUGCAGCAUGCUUCUACCAAGAUCUAAUAAUGCUGGUAAUUGGCUGUAUACAGUGUAGAGGCAUGCAGGAAAAACUAACGCGCAGAGAUGAACGUAAGGCUCACAUUUGUGAAUUGUGGUAUAGUCUUGACUACAGUGUCCGUCACAUAGGUGUAAAGGAGCUCACAAAAUAAAUAAAUGGAUUUUUAAUUUGUAAUCCGUAAUGUGUAGCUAAUGUUGUAAUUUCUUUUUGUUAAAAUGGAUUUUAUAAAAUUGCAAAAAGUAUUGUUCAGGAACCGGUAUCGUACAGGAACUGGUAUCGAAAAUGUUUUAACAUACCCAACCCUAUUUGCAAUCCCUCGUAUAUUUUGAGCUGUGGAUCAGAGAUGAGCUGACUUUGUCUUGAACCUGCAUUCAACAGUGUUGCCUUCUACAGCAAAACCUAGCUACAUGAAAAGCUGACUUUGAAAGUUGAUUUUAGUGGUUGUUGUCUCUGUGCAUGUUGUUGGGUGAAAGCAAAAUCCAGAUUGUCAUUAAAAAGUUUGACAUUUUGGGAAAUACGCUCAUUAGCUUUCUGGCAGAGAGUAUGAGAAUGACAAUUUCGGUAAAUUUUUAGCGUUAGCUUACCUUAGCACAAAGACCGGAGAGCGUGUGAAACAGCUAAACCCGGCUAACUAACACGCUAGCGAUAGCUAGCUCGUCUGUUUACCAGAGUGUCAAAACAAUGAUUCGCCUUGCUUCUGCAUAAAACAUGGAGUUAGCUAGCUAUGUAACCGACUAUGUUUUUGUCUUGGACCGGUGUUUCGCCGUGUUAUGCGACUGAUUAGGAAAGACAUUUCAGCUUGGCCUAUAUUGCCAGUGCAAACGUGUGUUAUUAAUUUAAUAUACUUUAUUUAUGCCUUAUUUAGCUGUUACAUUACAUCGUGCCACCAUAGUAUAGCUAGACCCUUUUCAUGGCAGACAUGUUGACAUGUCAUAGUAGGAAAAGCACAGGUGUAUUCAAAACCAUUAGCUAAUGAUGGCUGCGUUCCACUUAGGAGAGGCCCUGGUAUUGUGCAUGCUGACUCACUGACAUAGCGAUAGCUAGCAAUAGCUUACCAGGACACUUGAUGGAAUUGAGCCAUCGUUAAGGUUAUCAAUUUCAGCUGUGCUUUUCCUGCUAUGACAAGUCAAAAUGUCCAUUAAGAUUUAAGAUGGAGUCACAACAAAUGUUGAUGUGCAAAGAAUCCGAUGGGUCACGAAAAACAUCGUAACACCCGUAACAACCCUAACUUUCUGUCUGGACUAGUCUCCGCUAGUUGCUUGGCAACAGAAUAGCUGUCGUUUUUUACUAUUUGGUUCCUGUCAUAGAUUGUAAGAAUAAGGUUGUUGUACGGGUUAGAAUCAAUAGGCUAGCCUAUGCUCUCUAUAUAUUUGCUCUCAACCAGAAGCGAAUAAACGUAUGUCCGAAAAUGUAAUUUAUACUAAAUUAUGUAAUCAUUAAAAUUUACAAUAAGAAGUUUGUGGCAGAUAAUGAAAUUGUGACAUUUGUAGGACGACACAAGUGUGGGCCUGUGGGCAGAUGACCUGCUUUGGAUAUAAUCAAUUGAUAUUUACUGUAUAGGCCUAUCAUAUAAUUUGUUCCAAAACUAGCCCUGAUGCUAUAUAGCCUAUUUAUUCCUACAGUCAAACUUCUUAAUCCAAACUGGUGUUUAAUUAGGUCGUGCAUUGGCGUGAAGUAUGUGAAAUGGUCUUGCAUAUAUAGCUACAUAUAUUUUUUAUAUAUUUCGUACAUGACGGUGGUGUCAGAGAGACUUAAGACAGUAAAUGACUUGAUGCGUCCUGACAGGUCACACCGACACAUCCGUACCGUAUAGCAAUAACAACCUGAAACAGCCCAGCGGUGUAGUGGUGAUAUCUGGGUUAUUCUUCUAAAGGUCUUAAACACUGCACUAUUCUGAGAUGUUUUUCUUAGGACAGUUUAUCUUCUUGCUUUGCUCUAUCCUGCAUGUCACUCACAUGUUCUACACGUACAGUCAGUAUUUGUCUAAUUAAAAGCUAAUUUAUCCUGCGGAGUAUAGUCCUAUGCAAAGGUUUGUGCAGCCCUUGACUUUUUGUUACAAAAAAAAUGGGAUUUUUCUUUUUUGUUUUGCACAUUUGUCAAAUCUACACAAGGAUCUCUGUUCCAACUUUUAAAAUAAAACAAGUGUUUCAAGAUUGCA